AUGCCCACCCUCCCCUGUGCCACCGGGCCCGUUCCGGACCCCGCGGGGGGACCCCCGGCGGCCCUGUGCCGUGUGGGGGCUGGGCAGGGCAGGUUCCCCCGGGGGGGGGGGGGGGGGGGGGGGGGGGGGGGGGGGGCGGGGCGUCCCGGCCUGGGCCCGCGGUACCGGGCCGUGGGACGCACCGAGGAGUGGCCGGUGAAGAAGAAGCACCGUCGGCGGCCGUCGAAGAAGAAGCGGCGUUGGAAGCCGUACUCGAAGCUGAGCUGGGAGGAGAAGCAGCAGUUCGACGAGCGGCAGAGCCUCCGCGCCUCCCGGCUGCGGGCGGAGAUGUUCGCCAAGGGGCAGCCGGUGGCUCCCUACAACACCACGCAGUUCCUCAUGGAGGACCAUGACCAGGAGGAGCCCGACCUGAAAACCGGGCUGUACCCGCGGCGAGCGGCCGCCAAGUCGGACGACACGAGCGAGGAGGAUUUCCUGGACGACGCGGCGGAUGAGGACGGGGGCAGCGACGGGAUGGGGGGGGACGGCAGCGAGUUUCUGCAGAGGGACUUCUCCGAGACGUACGAGCGGUACCAUGUGGAGAGCCUGCAGAACAUGAGCAAGCAGGAGCUGGUGAAGGAGUACCUGGAGCUGGAGAAGUGCCUCUCGCGCAUGGAGGAGGAGAACAACCGGCUGAGGAUGGAGAGCAAAAAAGCCGGGGGGGAGGCGGCGGACCCGGCGCGGGUGCAGGCGCUGGAGCGGGAGGUGGACAGGCUGCGAGCCGAGAACCUGCGGCUGGGGCGGGAGCAGGAGCUGCCCCGGCAGGAAAAGGGCCCCUGCAAGCCGGGGGAGUGACACUGGACAGGGGGGCGCGGGGGGGUUUUUACAGUGCUGGGUGGAACAUUCGGUCCUUGUACAGAGUCGCCGCGGACCCUUUUUAUGGGCUAAAUGCAGCUGGAGGGGCCGAGGGCUCCCCCUUUUUUAGGUGGCUGUGACGGGGCGAGGGGGGGUUGAUGUAUUGGUGAUAUCUGGUUUAUGGGUUUAUUUUUUUUUUUGUGUCUAAACCAAAAAAAAAGAAAAA